AUGUCAUCUGACUUUGCCGAUUAUUCUAUUAAAAAUUAUUACUCCAUUCGAAAAAAUAAUCCAUUACUUCCUUCUUCAAUAAGAGCUUGUAUCAUAGGAAAAUCAGGAUGUGGUAAAACUAACUUGUUAAUGAAUUUACUUCUGGAUAAAUUUGAAGGAGAUGAUUAUUUAGACUAUGACAAUUUGUAUAUAUUUUCUACUACGUUGUUUCAGCCCUGUUAUCAAGCUCUUAUAAACGGUUUUGAAAAUGGGUUGAGUAAAAAGGAUAUUAGAGAAUGUUUUAAAAAUCAGAAUUUUAUGGUUGAGAAAAAAGAUAAACAAGAAAUAACCAUUCACACUUCAGACAGUUUAGUUGACAUUCCUGAUCCAAGUUCUAUUGAUCCUAAUAAAAAGACUUUAAUAAUAUUUGAUGACUUGAUGUUGGAGAAACAAAAUAAAAUAGAACAGUACUAUACUAGAGGUAGACAUAAUAACAUUGAUUGUUUUUACAUUUCUCAAAGCUAUAUUAAACUUCCUAAGAAUACUAUCAGAGAGAAUGCUAAUUUUUUUAUAAUCUUCGCUCAAGACAAAUUGAAUCUAGACUACAUUUACCGAGACCAUUGUAGUGAAAUUGACAAGAAAACGUUUCUAGAAUUGACUUCAGCUGUUUGGAAAGAAAAUUAUUGUUUUCUGACUAUAGAUAAAACAAGUGAUGUCGAUAGUGGAAAGUUUCGGAAGAUGCUGAAAUACUUUUAUAUUUUUCAUUGA